UUGUAUAUUGCCAACUUACUUAAUUUACUUUCAUAAGAUCUAAUUUAUCAUUACUGUUUUCAUUAAGACUAUAGUGUAGAUCUAUUAUUAUAAUAUUUAUAGUUAUUUACAACGACUUCUCCCUAGAAGGUUAAAGGUUGUAACUUUAACUUGUAUACAAGUUUUAUACAAGUUUAAACCUAUUUUCGACUUAAAGCAAACCGGAAGAAUUAAACAAGAAAAGAAAAGUACGGGAUUUUAUGUCAGUGAUAUAGCUUCUAUAACAGAAAUUCUGAUAAAUAUUUAUAGCAUGUGAAAAGAAUGUCGACGUCGGACGAGUUUGUUUUGGAGAGGACAUUGGGGGAAGGGGCUUUUGGUAAAGUGUACCUGGUUAAAGGUCAGGAAGACAACAAACAGUAUGCUAUGAAAAUAAUUGACUUGCGUACAUCGCCUGAAGAAGAGAAAGAACUUGCAGUAAAAGAAGCCAAUCUGCUGAAGGAACUUAAUCACAACAACGUUCUACGGUAUACUGAUUCAUUCGAAAGUGAUGGAGCACUUUGUAUUGUUACUGAAUUCUGUUCAAAUGGAGACCUGUCGGAAUUUCUUGAGAAACGAAAGGGGAAGAAACUUGAAGAAGAUCGACUUACAGAAUGGUUCAGACAAAUUACUUGUGCUUUACAGUAUUUACAUCGGAAGACAAUCAUACACAGAGAUGUUAAGACACCGAAUGUGUUUCUGUCAGAGAAUUGGGAGGUUAAACUUGGAGAUAUGGGACUUGCGAAAGUUUUAGAGAGACCAAAUGCCAAGGCAGUAACUUUCUGUGGCAGUCCUUACUACAUGAGUCCUGAAAUAUUCUCAUGCAAACCGUAUGAUUCCAAGAGUGAUAUAUGGGCAUUAGGUGUAAUAGUGUAUGAGAUGGCUACAUUAGAGCGACCUUUUGAUGCCAUGUUAAUGCACCAACUCGUCUUUAAAAUUGUUCAUGGAGGGUUGCCCAACAUGCCUACAGGGUAUAAACCCGAGUUAACUGAACUGUUGAAACAAAUCAUGCAGAAAGAUCCGGAAUCUAGGCCUUCAGCAGACGUCAUACUGCAGCAUGAUUAUUUCAAAGGUGUCAGACCACCAGUACCUCCUAAGCCGAAAGCUGAUGCAGAUGGUGCGUCAGAGGUACCAGGCAAGUCUGCUUAUGGUAUAGUGAAACCCCAACCUGGGAAGAAAGGAGCACAUGGUGCUGGUGGACCAUUUGACACAAAGAAACUCCUAGAGACCAUGUCAAAGAAGCGAGAAGAAAAACGGAAAGCUGAGCAGGCGAAGGGUGCUGUUGGAGGGGAUGAAACACUUAAAGGAAUUAAAACAAUUAUUGCUAAAAAAGAUGAUGGAGGAAAAGUAGGAAAGAUAGUGGAUAAAUUCAAGAAAGAUGUAACUAUCAAACCCUCGUCCAAAACACCUCCAUCAAAGACAGAUACGCAGGUGUCUGUGUCUAAUGUUAAUUUGUCAGUUAGAUCAAGUACCGAUGAUUUUGAGACGACUUUGAAGAACGUACAGAGUCAAGUUGCAACAGAUGCUUUUAAUGUGAUGCAGUUGAUUGUACGCACAAUGACUGGUAUCUUUCCAAAAGAUGAUGAUAAAACAAAAGAAGCCCUAGCACGGAGUCAUGAUCCACAAGCUGUGAUGCUGCGACAAAUUGAACACCUACAAUACUACUGUAUAAAAGUUCUGAACAAUGAUGUCGCCUUGUUUCAACAAGCCUAUGGCCUUAUGAGUAUAGAGAAGGAUGAAAAUAAAUUAGAGGAACAACUGAUUGGUGUACUUGGUCAUGAGAAGUUUGGUCUGUGUGGAGUUCAACUUAUGUUCUUAAAAAACUUUGAAUACAACUUAUCCAAGCUACAAGGAUAAGAAACAGUGUUUAGCAACAAUGAUGACAGUCCAUUGAAAUAGCCAGACAAGAAAAAUACCGAGACAAAAUAUUUACAGGGGCUCAGAGAAGUGCUUCUGUGAAGUCUUGUUUUCUUUUUAGCUCACCUGUCACAUAGUGACAAGGUGAGCUUUUGUGAUCGCCCUUCGUCCGUCGUACGUCUGUCUGCCCGUCGUCCGUUCACAAUUUCUUGUGAACACGAUAGAGACCAAAGUUUGCAAUCAAUUUUAAUCAAACUUGCACACUACUUGUAUUGGCAUAAUAUCUCAGUUCCUUUCGAAAACUGGCCUGAUCCCAUCAUGGGUUCCAGAGUUAUGGCCCCUUAAAGGGCCAAAAUUUGCCAUUUUUGGCUUGUGAACACGAUAGAGACCACAUUUUGCAAUCAACUUUAAUCAGACUUGCACACAACUUGUUUUUAUAUAAUAUCAUGGUUCCUUUCGAAAACUGGCCCGAUCCCAUCAUGGGUUCUAGAGAUAUGGCCCCUUAAAGGGCCAAAAUCUACUGUUUUUGGCUUGUGAACACGAUAGAGACCACAUUUUGCAAUCAACUUUAAUCAGACUUGCACACAACUUGUAUUGGCAUAAUAUCUUGGUUCCUUUUGAAAAAUGGCCAGAUCCAAUCAUGGGUUCCAGAGUUAUGGCCCUUUAAAGGCCAAAUUUUGCUAUUUCGGCUUUUGCAGCCAUAUACAGACUUCAUUUAUGGUUUGAUUUGAUACAAACUUGCAAGAUAACUCUAACCCUAACCCUAACCUUUCAGAUCCAGUCAUGUGUUCAAGAGUUAUGGCCCCUGAAUGAACACUGAAAGAGCCAAAAUAUGUUAAUUUUUACCUUGUGAACGUGAUAAAUGUCGCAUUUUGCAUUCAACUUUAGAAAAUCAUGCACACAACUUAAAUCACAAUAAGAUAUCGGUUCCUGUUGCUUGAAGGUCAAGGUCACACACUGAGGUCAAGGUCAGCACUUAUCCAUAAAAUGGUUAUAUCUCUGCAACUAUUGAUGGUAUUGGUUUUGAAACUUAAUGUAUGUCAUCAGGCUGACCUAGACACUAUGCACUUACUUUAUAUCUGAUCUUAAUAGAAAUGGAUUUAUAUCAGUAAAUACUUAUAGGACUCAUUUGAAAUUUCAUUAUUGUCAUUAGUUGGACUGAGACAAUCAGGGUAGAUAACUAUGGACUGAUUUUAUGUCGAAUUUCCUCCCUUUAUUUCAAAAUUAAAAUGGGUAUAUCUCUGUAACAAAUGAAGAUACUGAUCUGAAAUUUCAUUUAUGCCAUCAGAUGGACUUGGACAAUCAGUGAAGAUACAUAUUGACUGAAAUUAUGACAAAUUACCUCCCUUUAUUUUUUAUGUAAAUAAAUGUACCUUAGCAGCUUCUAAUGAGAUUGGUUUGAAACGUUAUUUAUGUCUUCAAUGGUUAGAAAUAGUCAUGUUAGAUAACUCUAGAUUGAAUGCUUAUUGAUAUGAAUACUUUUCUAAUAUAUCUAUAAGGCUUGUACCCUGUAUCUUCCACAUGCAUAUACCAAUACAUGAUUACCUCCCCUGAUUUUAAUAAAAAAAAUCGAUUUAUGUCAGUAAGUGUUUAUAGGACUCAUUUGAAAUUUCAUUAAAUUGUCAUUAGUUGGAGUGAGACAAUCAGGGUAGAUAACUAUGGACUGAUUUUAUGUCAAAUUACCUCCCUUUGUUUCAAAUUAAAAUGGGUGUAUCUCAGUAACCAAUGAAGAUACUGAUUUGAAAUUUCAUUUAUGCCAUCAGAUGGUCUCAGACAAUCAGAGUAGAUAACUUUUGACUGAAUUUAUGACAAAAUUACCUCCCUUCAUUUUGUGUAAAUGAAUAUGUCUCAGCAGCAUCUAAUGAAAUUGGUUUUAAAAGUUAGUUAUGUCUUCCAGGAUAAGGAAUAAUCAUGCUAGUACAAAAAUGCAGCAUUUGAACCUAGGACCCUCAAACUUGGUAUGGAGAUUGGCCCUGACUAGUGACCCAUAGGUCAAAAGGGACUGUUACAAGAAAAUAUUUAUCCUGAUGAUAUUUAAUGUGUAUGCCUAUGUGACCUAUGUCGAAACUUGAUCUUAUCAUAAAGAGCAAUAGUACUCAGGUGAGCGAUAUAGGGCCAUCAUGACCCUCUUGUUUUACUAACUAUUUGGAUGGAACUAUGGAACUAUGCACCCUUAAAAAUUGAAAAAAAUACCUGUGUACGUAUAUACUUGUAUUUACAUUGCAUUUUUUUUUUUUUGCUGAGUGGCCAAACAAAAUAACAAAACUGACCAAAAGUUUCAAAUAUUUCUCGAUGUGUAGAUUUUUAAUUAUAGGUAAAUUAAAUCAUGAAAUGAAUAAGACUAUACAUUAAUCUGUAUUUAACAAUUAUUGAACACAUCUUGCUGCUACCUCAGUGAAUUUUAAAAUUAUUAGUCUUAUUAGGAUAAAGAAAUUUAUUCCUUUGCACUGAUGUAUGUGUCAGCCUAUACAUAGUCCCCACUGGAAAUCCAUAUUUGCUAUUCCUCCAGAAGACACUACUUUUAGUUGAAGGAUAGAUGCAGAAGAAGCUUCAAUUCCAAAAGCUCCCCUGGUUCUUUAACAAACAAGGUGUAAAACACAAAUACAUGGGACUCUAAAUUUUGUUGGAGGAGCUGGGGCUCAAAACUCAUGACUCUAUUUUUGCAGUCAUAGUGCCACUGCAUUGGCUCUCAUUUGUUGUUAUUUCAGUUGUUCACUGUGUAAAUUACAUUUUAUUAUAAUGCAAGCAAAGAUGCGGACACAAAGUGUUCUGUCAUAGCAUACAUAAUUAUUGAUACAAUGCGGGAAAGAAAACAACCAAAGGUGUUAAUAAGAAAGUGCUGAAACAAAAUAUUUGACAUUGUUACAUCAGUUUGUCAUAAAUAUUUCUAUUUGAUAUUAACCGUUUACUUUUUAGAGGUAAUUUUGCUAUUAUCAGUUGUGAAUUACAUCAGACAUUACUUAGGUAAUCAUAACUUCAUCUGUCACUGACAGUAUACUAGCAUUGUAAGAUUUAAUAUAUGUCAUGAACCUCAGUGGCUGAGAAGUUAACACUUUUGCCUAGUAUUUUUUUCAGGUUGUGGGUAGCCACAUUUUCUAUGUCCCCCUUUGAAGAAGUGGGGGUCUAUUGCCCUGCACCUGUCGGUUAUGUCUUUCUGUUGGUCCAUCUGACGGUAGUGUGGAUGGUUUCCCCCCAAUAACUGGAGAACUACUUGACCCAGACGCUUCAAACUUGGUUGAAUGAUUGGGCUUAUGAAGUAGAUGACCUGUAUACUUUUUGGGUUGGUAGGUCAAAGGUCAAGGUCACAGGGGCCCAAACCUCCAAAGGAUUUCGCCUAUUAACUGGAAAACCACUUGACCCAGUCAACUUUCAAAGGUGGUAGCUUGAUUGGAUUUAUGAGUUAGAUGACACCUAUUUUUUUGGGGGUCAGUAGGUCAAAGGUCAAGAUCACAGGAGCUUGAACCUUGAAAACCAUUUCCACCUAUUUACUUGAGAGCCACUUGACCCAGUAGUAACAUAAUUGGGUUUAUGAAGUAUAUCACCCCUAUUGUUUUAGGGGUCAAUAGAUCAAAGGUCAAGGUCACGGGCUUGAACUUUGAAAACUGUUUCUGCUCAAUGACUUGAGAACCACUUGACCCAGAACGUUCAAACAUAGUAGCUUGAUUAAGCUUACACCGUAGAUUACCCUAGAUCUUUUGAGGGUCAAUAGGUCAAAGGUUAAAGUCACAGGGGACUGAACCUUGAAAACAUGCUACCUUGCAGUACCUUGAGAACCACUUGACUCUGUUUCUUCAAACGUAAUAGCAUGAUUGUGGUUAUAAAGUAUAUUAUCUUUAUUGGGUGUAAUAAGGCUAAAGGUCAAGGUCACAGGGGCCUGAACGUUGGAAACUGUUUCUGCUCAGUAACUUGAGAACCACUCAACAUAGAACCUUCAAACUUAAAAGUCUGAUUGGACUUAUAAAGUAGAUAACCCCUAUUGUUUUCGUUUUGGGCAACAGUUUAUAGGUCAUGGUCACAGGACCUGAACAUUAAAAACAAUUUCCCCUCAUAACUUGAGAACCACUUCACUCACAAACUUCAUACUUAAUAGCAUUAUUGGGCUUAUAAGUAGAUUACCCUUAUUGUUUUUCGGGUCAGUAGGUCAAAGGUCAAGGUCAUAGGGGACUGAACCUUGAAAAAAACAUUUCCUCGCAAUAACUUUAGAACCACUUGACCCAGUUUCUUCAAACUUGAUAGCAUGAUUGAGCUUAUGAAGUUGAUGACUUAUUAUUUUGAGGGGCUAAUAGGUCAAAGAUCAAGAGUGGUCAUGGGACUGAAAAUGAGACAAGCCAUCAUGGAUGGCAUAUAUGUUUUACAAACAGCUCUUGUUUAAGGUAGUUCUGCAUGUUUGGAUCAUUUUUUUUCUACAAUGUAGAAUUUUUUUUCAAAACUUCAAUUCAGUAACCCUCGCUUAUUAGGAACAGCUUGGGAGCUCUAAAAAUCGUUCCUUAUAACCGAGGCUCCUUGUAUUUGGUAAAUGUAAAUGAUAAUAUUAUAUAUUUUCUUUUUAUUGUAUCCAUGAAUAUCAUAGAAAUGAAAUAAUUUGUGUUUAUUCAUAUGCAUGAAAGCGCGUGAAAGUCGCCAACAUUACUCUGAUGUCAUCAGCGAUUCUCCUGUUUAUUUCCGGUUUUCAAUAGUUCUUAUUCUUUAUGUCUGUUCACUAUAACCAAGGGGUUUUCCAUUGAAUUUCAUACUUUGGGACUGGAAAAAGUGUUCCUUAUAACCAAGUGUUCCUUAUAACUGAAUUCCCUGUAACCGAGGAAUUUUAAAUUGAAUUAAGAAGAAAUUAGUGAUCGGGGAAUUAAAAACUGUUCCUUAUAAGUGAGGUUUACUGUAUAUAAUCUGGCAAAUAAAAAAGAUUUUUUUCUGGACGAAUUGAAAAAAAUUUGACCUCAAACAAAUUUUCAUAAUGGAAAAAUCGCAAUUUUGCUAACAUUUUUGCAAAUAGAAAUAUUUUUACAAUGUAGGUUUUAAUGAAAGUUCUUACUUGUAAAUAUGGACAUUAAUACGAUGAAAUAAAAUGUAUAGGUCCGUGUGCUUGUUUUUUUAAAUGUUGGCCAAUAAUUAAAGAGAGCAGCACAUUAAACAUGCUGAUUUUUAGACGUUAUUUAAGAAAUAAUAUAUCUCAUUUAGUGAUUUGUUGCUGAAUAAAUCAUUGUCAGAGUUCAGAUGCGAAGGAAUUAUAUCACGAGUGCGCAGCCCGAGUGAUAUAAUGAUACGCAUCUGAACGACAAACAGUGAUUUUAUUCAAGAGCAAAUCACUUAAUGAGAUAUAUUAUUUCGAUUCUAACAAGUUACCAAGGACUUUAAAGUACAUCCUUGACGGCAUUCAUUAAAUAUUUGCCCGUUGUCAAUCAGUUUCUUUUCCAGCGCGCCAAGUUGUUGAAUGGUAUUUCUAUUUUUAGCUCUAGUUGCCCCUUAAUGGAUCCAAGUGCCCCAUAUGAACUUAUUUGGGAGAGGACCUCAUAAUGAUGCUACAGACCAUCAAGCAGUUUUUCUAUUUCUAUCUCUAGAAUGACCCUUUUUAAGAAAGUUUAGAGAGGACCUUGCCAGGGUACUACAGUUGCCAGGGUACCAUGUUUGUCAUACAUAUAUUCAAGGUCAAAUAGUCAAGGUCUGUUGAGCAACUUACACUAUUAUGACCAUCUUGGCUAUAAAAUGUUUUGACUGGACAUGUAGCAGGUUGUCUAUUAACAUUAUUUUUAGCAUUUGCUCCAAACACAGAGACUGAAUGGUUCAGCCAUCAUAUGAAAUUGAGCUAUAUUAGAUGCUAAAAAUUUACUUGCAGAAUGUUUUCAGUAUUUAUUGAAAUUUAUCAAUCAGUACUGAUGGGUUUUAUUUAUGAUCACAUACCUUUUUUUAAAUUGUGCACCUUAACUGAAAAGUUUCAUUUAUUAUUAUUAUUGUUUUAUUUUGUAUUUAACACAGUAUGUGCAAAUUUUAAUCAAAAUACAGGUUCAUAAUUUAACCAGAUUGCUUAUAUAUAAAAAUUCACCAAUUGAAUGAUUCAUUUUACAUGCACAUGUUUUAUUCAUUCCUUGUUAACAUUUGUCAAAAAUAACCUCAUAUAUAAUUAUUCACAUAAGAAUUUCUUUCUUAAACUAUUUCUUGAAGUGAUUCAGUAAAAACAUAACAUACAUGUAUAUGUAGUGUUAGUAAAAGUUCUGCUCAAAUCUUGAGUAUUGUCAAACCCAUAAUUAAUUCCAGAUUACUUUAGAAUGGAUUUAAAAAAAAAUAAUGCAUAAUAAAUCUUAAUUUGAUCUGAAAUUGUUUGUGUUACCCAAAUAAAUAAAUAAAAACGCUG